AUGGCGACUAACGGCAAUGCAAACGGCCAAUCCGCCACCAAUGGCCACUCGACUCACAACAUGCAGCCCAAGAUCAUUCUCUAUACCAACCAUAACUGCCCUUACGCCCAACGAGCUCAUAUCGCUCUCGACGAGCUGAACUUAGAGUACGAAGAAGUCAUCAUUGACCUCAACACUCCACGACCACAAUGGUACCUUGACAUCAAUCCUCGGGGCUUGGUUCCGUCCAUCAAGUACAGCGUGCCCGGUCUUUUCGACGAGGAGAUUAUCACAGAGAGUGCCAUCGUCGCACAAUUCCUGUGUGACGCGUUCCCGUCUCAUCUCUUGCCUGCCAGCAAGGAGUCGCCGCAUUCUGCUCUGACGAGGGCAAGGAUCGCGUUUUUCUGUGACACUUGGCAGACAAAGAUCUCGACCCUCAUGUUUCCCCUCAUCAUGGCGAAAGAAGGCGAGGAGAAAGACGCCAAGGUGACAGAAUGGAUGAAGGCGGCAGAGAAGGAGAUCGAGCCACUCCUGGCCAGUGCAAGCCCUUUCUUUGGAGGCAGCAAGGAUCUGACGUUCGCGGACCUGUUCGCCGCACCAUUUGUGAUGAGACUGUAUGCCCUCGCUAGAGAUGGUGAGAUAAUGCCGAAGAGUUUCGUGGAGAAGAUGGACAGUCUGCCCAACUUCAGUGAAUGGGCGAAGGCUAUUAUGGACCACAAGAAUGCUACGAAGAUCUUCGACGAGGAGAAGUUUGUGGAGGCUACCAAGGCUAGAAUGAAGAAGACGCAGGCUGAUAGGAAAUGA